AUGCAUUUGUCAUUCAUUUUCUUUCUGGCUUCUUCAAGCUUGGUUCUAGCAAGAAAUCUACCUAAGAAUUCUCUUCACACAAAUCGCAAUAUUAUUGGAUCUCCGGGUUGGUCUCUCCAGGCGGAGACUUGUGCGGUAGGAAGUACAUCUUGUGGAAGUAUUGCACCUGGAGCAUGUUGUCCAUCGAAUAUGGUUUGUGCCAAACCUGCAAAUUCAGAAGUUGCUGCUUGUUGUACUAAUGCAAGUGAAUGUCGUAGCGUUAUUGAAGCAGCUCCUAAAUGCGCAGAUGAUAGUUGGAAUUUAUGGGCUGGGCUGGAUGGAAAUGAUUUCUGUUGUGAAGUGGGCUUACUUGGAGCUUAUGAUCAUAUUUCUCAUCGAGCGGGAACUUGUGUCUCUUCUGUUGUGGUUCCUACUACUUCGGCGGUUCUGAGGUCUACUGGGACGGGUUCUGUAGUAACCUCUAUUCCUACGGCUGUCAGUUCUGCUCAUAUAACAUCGACGAUCGUGCGAGCGACUAGUAGUUUUACUUCAGAUAUUACUAGCAGGACUUCUUUAAAUGCAGUUGCAACUUCAAAGUCCCCGUCAAGCACUGUAGUAGCAAAUUCUAAUGCAGCAGCUACUGAAAAACCAGUUUUCUCCUUCGACAUGACCGGUUUUACAUCCCCGUCUCAAUUCAUCCCAAUCCUCAAAAUCUAUGUCACUAACAGCGCCUACUACUACUAUUCCGGCCAACCAUUUGUCUCCACCUUUAACGGUGGUGCCUCGAACUUUAAAUUUGGUCAAGACACCGUAAACGACGGCUGGAAAAAUGAGCUUCAAGCAGUAAUGUCUGCAUCCGGUCAUCCCAUCUACUUCAUUCCCUCCUUUCAAGAUGUAGCUGCCUCUUCUUCAUUUUUCACUACCGAAUAUCCAACUCUAAAUGGAACAUUCAAUUGGAAUUCCUGGCCCAGCUAUACAGCCGGCGAUGUACCCGUCAAUACCAUCGACGACGUCACAUAUCAGAACGCAGCCAAAGCUGCCGGAAAAGGAUUCAUGAUGGGAAUCUCCCCCCUCCAAUUCAAACACAUCGAUAAAACACAAAACUGGUAUCGACGCGGCGAAGCCAAUCUCGAAAACCGCUUCGAUCAAAUCCUAACCCUACAACCCGAUUUCAUCGAAUUCCAAACCUGGAACGACGCAGGCGAAUCACAUUACAUGGGAAAUUCCUGGCCGGAACCUUUAGUUUCAAAUAGUACUCCAGAAGCCCUGUCGAGUAUCGCAUAUGAUCAUAGAGGCUAUUGGCAAAUCCUGCAGAGUUUCAUCAGCGUGUGGAAAAGCGGGGCGAGGAGUACGAUGUCGAUGGUUCCGAUGAAUGGGAAGGAUGCUCAGGGGACUUUUUGGCAUCAUACGCUUUUGAAGGGGGGGGAUUGUGCAGGUGAUACUUUGGGACUGGGGAAACCGGUGGGUAUGGAUGGUGUGGAGGAUAGUGUUACCGCGGUGGUGUUGGUUGCGAGGGGUGUGCGGGGUUUGAGGGGGAGUAUUAGGGUUGGGGGGAAGGUUUUAGGGACGAAGGAUUUAAGUGCGGGGUUUAAUACUAUGGUUGUGAAUAAUAUUUCCACGGGGUCUGUAGAGAUGAGUGUUUUGGAUGCUGGGGGUGUGGUGGUCGUUAGUGGGAAGGGUCCGUUGGAUGUGGUGGAUAAAGCGGAUUUGUGUAAUUAUAAUUUUCAGGUUGUGGGAUUGAGUUAG